AUGGAGACAACAAAAUCCAGCUCAGAUCAUCUUCAUCUUCAUCUCCCUCCCGGUUUCCGAUUUCACCCAUCCGAUGAAGAGCUCAUAGUCCAUUACUUGAAGAACAAAGUCACUUCAAGUCCACUUCCAGCUUCUAUCAUUGCAGAUAUUGAUCUUUACAAGUACAAUCCAUGGGAGCUACCAACAAAAGCUUUGUAUGGAGAUGAUGGAUGGUACUUCUUCUCCCCAAGGGAUAGGAAGUAUCCCAAUGGAGCAAGGCCUAAUAGAGCAGCUGCUUCAGGUUACUGGAAGGCGACGGGGACAGAUAAGCCGAUACUCAGUUCAUGUGGAAAGAAGAGCGUUGGAGUCAAGAAAGCUCUUGUCUUCUACAAGGGACGUCCCCCGAAAGGACUCAAGACUGACUGGAUCAUGCAUGAGUAUAGGCUGCUUGAUUCCAUGGCGCCUUGGACAGACAAGCGAAAAGGAUACAAUAUUGGAUUGGAUAUUCAACAACUAAUUCUUGCAUCUUUUCAUUUCCAGUUGGAUGAUUGGGUGCUGUGUCGAGUUAGGCAGAAGAGCAGCAUCUCUUUAAGUACUUGGGAAGAUCGAAACGAUCAGAACAGUGCACCAGUAGCAGAAUAUAUCUCAAAAGAAAGUGAACUACGUCCUAUGAAUAUGAAUCAUAACAUAAAGAUUGUCCAAAAUUGUCCGAUGUUACCUUAUAUCUUCGCCUCUCAAGAUCUCCCUUACAUGGAAACAGCCUCAAGCAUAAGCUUCCAGAACAGCAAUAGGACUACCCCCGAUGACAUCUCUAAUAAGAGCUUGCAGUUUUCAGUGUCUUCUCUUGAGAGCUUCUUUGACCCUCUUAAGAGAAGGUUCGUGGAGGAAUAUCAAGGGGAGAUUUUUGUCCCGCCAAGCAAGAAGAUCGCAAAGAGAGACACUGCAAAGGAGGAAGCUGUAAUAUCCAUUAGCAGUGGUACUGCUGACAUGAGCCUAUUUGGGAUUGGGCAGUCUGAGGAUAAAGAUUUCAGUCAAGAAUGGAGUUCCAUCAUGCAAUAUCAAGAACCGAGUCAAUUAGUUUUCACAGGAAGGGCUUAGAUUCCUGGAGAACAGAUGACUGCAAAUAAUAGUGAUUUCUCCAUGCAAAUCUGCGUUGUAAAUAAAGAAAAAUGCGACCACCACCACCACUGAAAGUCUAAGACAGGAAAUGUUAGCAGUUCGAACCAGUACGGGCUGUACAGAUAUGAUGAUUCAUUUCAUCAUGAUUAGUGUGCAUUUUUAGUAGGGUUUGUUGAGGAGAUUGAGCUACUCAAUCCCAUCUAUGUAUGUAAUUUCAUGUUAUGUACGUAUAUACCAAUGCACAAAACAACCAAACAAGUGAAGCAGUCUUAUAAAAGUAUAAAAAGUAUAAUACAAAUGGUCUGCUAUCAAGGGGUGCUUCAUCUCCAGCCAUAUGAUGUUAAUUUGGAGUUUGAAUUAAGUUAAAAUUACCCAACCUCCUCAAGUGUUUCUCAGGUCUCCCAUAUUUUGGAGUUCAAAUGGUAAUAUUUGUCAUCCUCUUCCCUUACGUAAUACAGUACAUCCCAAAAUUUUCAUUGUUUCUGUAUAUGAGGUGUUUGCAAUUUGGUCACUGACCACCUGACCGGAAAACUUUUUCAAUCAGGUAAUGUUCCAAAUUUCAACAAUUAGAUCACUCCGGACCAAUUUCAGUCAAUUUUCCGGUAUAUAUGAUUAUAUUCUCACACUAUUGCACUAUAGUUGAGUAAUUAAAUUCCUCAAUUCCUGAAAAAAGAAAUCCAUAAUAAAGUAUACAAUCCUACUUCUUCCUCUUAUAAAGCUACUUUAACAGGAGAUCACAAGUUUUCAAAAAUAUAUCCACUGGCUAUCAACACAAGACCCCGCUUCUUCAAUCUCUUUGAAAACAGAG